GAAACAAAAAAUUAAAAAAAGUACAAAUGCCAGCAACCGUAAAACCUAUACAUGCAGAGUGUGACAAUGCGCGUACACCCAUACAUUAAAAUACGGUGUAACCCACAGCAUAUUAACAAUAUCCAAGCAUUUUUUUAUAACAAAUAAAGUCCCACUGAAAACGACUGCAUUUGUUUGUCAUCGAUAGUUAUAGCUUGAAAUUAAUCGGCGAACCUUUGACAAGAUAAGCUUGCAUUUUGGGUUUGAUUUUAAAUUUCGUUCAUACAAUUAUCUGAUCUGUUAUGGCCACCUACGAGGAAGUAAAGGAUGCUCCAAAUCAUCCGGAUAAGUAUCUGUUUGAUGUGCGCAACAAGUCCGAGUUGGAGGAGACAGGUGUCUUGCCGAGCAGCAUUAAUAUACCUCUGCCCGAGCUGGAGAGGGCCUUGAAUUUGCCAGAUGAUGCUUUCACAAAGACCUACGGCCGCAAGAAACCGUCGGUUGAUGCGGUCAUAAUCUUUUCAUGCAAAGCAGGAGGACGCGCUGCUCGGGCUACCAAUUUGGCCCGCACCCUGGGCUUUUGCAAUGCCAAAGCGUAUGCCGGAUCCUGGACGGAAUGGCAGGAUAAGGAGGGUGGUCAAUAACAACGGAAAAUAUAAAAUUAUUUACAAAUUGUAAAAAUAAAUAAUCACAACCAUUUUAUUACCG